CUUUGACGGUCGUGACCGGAAAUAUAGUUUUUCCUUCGUAUGGCGGCAAACUGACAGCGCUUCUGUAGCUUCUGAAUGUGGAUGUCAGUUGUGCAGCGAAGCGCUGCUUACAAAGUGGUGGAGUUUUGACUUUGCUUUAAUUUCCUCACUAGACUACAGCUUGACCUUUAACAAAGUGUCGACUGUGUAGCUGUUGGAAAAAUGUCCGUAGUAACAGUUCAGCUGGGUCAGUGCGGUAACCAGGUGGGCCACGAGCUUUUUGAUGUUAUCUGUAGUGACGCUCUGGAGGAUCAGAGGAAGGGGUACAGUACAGCCAGCUGUGAGCGAUUCUUCCACCAAACUGCACAUGGAGGUAUAAAUAUGACCCAUUAUACAGAUAUGUCUUUUCUGUCUUAACUCUUCAUGUGUUGACGUCUUUCUGUCUGUUGACUAGAGCUUGUAGCUCGGGCUGUGCUUGUUGACAUGGAGCCCAAAGUUAUAAACCAGACUAUCUGCAGAUCUGCUAAAUCUGGCAGGUGGAGGUAUGGAGAAACUUCACAUUUCAGUCAGAAGCAGGGCUGUGGAAACAACUGGGCUCAUGGGUAAGAAAAUGCUGUAUUUAUAGUAUCGUUAUUAUCGUUUUAGUAUCGUUACAGUUAAGCAAUCAUACUGACUGUCAUUAAUCCCAAUCAGUUAAAUAAAAAACUAUCCAUACAGAAUCAAGUGUUAGUUUGCUCAGUUGUUAUGGUGAUUAACUUGUUGACCUAAAUACUCAGUAAAUGUAACCGUUUUCAUUGCGGCACAUGUGUUGUGACACCCAGGAUUGAAUAAAAUGUUUACUUUUUUCCCUUUACUCAUCAAUUGUUUAUAAAGUUGAAUGAACUUUUUUUGUUAAAAACGUAUGGUUGAAGAUCAGAGGUCCUUGCUGAUCUCAAAUAUGGGAUUUUAACAUUGAAGGCUACCAACUUUGGCUCCUUGAAGCAUCAAAAUGGAAACCUGCUACACAUAACCUCAUACAGAAAGAAGAGGUGUUGCACAGUGUACAAUGAAAAGCCAUUAUAAGAUAAAUAUCAACAAUCAUGAAGCACUUUCUGGCACCAUACAAUUUAUUGAGUGGCUUUUAUAAAUCAGAGAACCCCAGGGAAAAGAUACACAAGUACCAGAAAGAAAAAAAAGAGCUAUGGAAGGAUAAGUAAAAAAAAUAAACUCAGUUACAAAUUGAAACAGUCCUGUUAAACUUUUUGUUGAAGCCUUGAAGGGCAUUUUGAUCUCCUAUUUUUGGAGAUCAAAAGGGAGUCAGUAGAAGCUAUUUAGCUUAUUUGUACCUAUCCUCAUUCCUUCCUAUUUGUUGACUUUUUACAUGUCUUUAGAUUUUUAGGAUUUCUUAAGUCGUCAAAAAGUAACCAAAGCUCCAAAGUCUAACAUAAGUAACAAAUCAUUAAUACUGAGACAAAGACCUUAUAUAUACAUAUACACCCAUACCUUUAUACACGUAGAUACACACAAAUAUGCACUUCAUAUAUAUACCUAUGAAACUUCAAAUCUCUCAUUUGUACCAAGCUGUUCCACAGCUUCACCCCCAUAACAGAAAGACACAUGCUUUUUAGUGUUGUACGAACACCUGGUUGUUUUAAAUUUCAUUCCCCUCUUAAUGCAUACCUGCCCUCUCUUCCACCAAACAUUUUCUGUAUAUUACUAGGGAGUAGAUUGUUGCUUGCUUUGUACAUUAUCUGUGCAGUUCUAAAUUCAAGUAGAUCGACAAAUUUUAGUACUAUUAAUUUCAGAAAUAGUUCAUUAGUAUGAUGGAAGAAUCCUACCUUGUUAACAACUCUUAUUGCUCUCUUUUGCAUAUUAUAUAAAGGUUGUAAAUUCGUUAUGUGUUUCCAAAGUUUGUGUCGGGUUGAGCAGUGGUUUUCCCAAUGCAUCAGAAAUAAAUGGUAUAAAAUGUAUGUUAAUACAUAAAUUGUCCUCAACAGGUUUUGUGUUCAUGGUCCUCGUCAUAGAGAUGUGGUGGAGGAGCUGGUGAGGCGAGAGGUGGAGCGCUGCGACAGGUUGGCUGGGCUAAUGGCCAUGAUGAGUGUGGCAGGGGGCACGGGAUCUGGAGUUGGUGCUUAUAUAACCAGGUAUCUCAGAGAUGUCUACCCCAAGUCCUUCAUCCUCAACCAUCUCACUUGGCCAUACGGGACAGGGGAGGUACUCAGAUACUCAGUAACUAGUUGUUUUGAUCCAAUAACAUCAUGCUAUUUUAACCUCACUCCUUGAACUGUCUUUUCAGGUAAUUGUCCAGAAUUACAACUCUGUUCUCACACUCGCUCAUCUCUAUCACCACUCCGACGCCAUCCUUGUGCAUGAGAAUGACACAGUGCACAGAAUCUGUAGCCAGUUGCUCAACAUCAAACAUAUCUCAUUUACUGAUGUCAAUCGGGUCAUUGCUCACCAGCUGGGCAGCAUUCUGCAGCCGGCUCUCACUACUGACUCUAACGGGAUCUACAGCAGAAAUCCUCUGGGUGAGACAGGACAAGACGCAAAUACAAACUGACUGCGGGUUCCUUUAUUCCAUAGUUUAUCUUGCAAUUCGCAAUCCGAAAACAAACUCUGCUUUACAGAAAGAAAGCUGAAAAACAAAGAGUCAACACAUAUUAUCCCAUGAUGUUUCUGUUCCUUAGGUGAAUUGGUGGGCAGUCUUGCAUGCCACCCUGAGUACAAGCUGCUCAGUGUGAGUACCAUCCCUCAGAUGCCAAGCUCCUCCAUAGCCUACAGCACCUUCAGUUGGCCAGGCCUGCUUAAACACCUGCGACAGAUGCUGAUCUCCAACAGCAAGAUGGAAGAAUGCAAGUUCUCGAAACAUUUUGAAUGCACUUAAAUUGAGUGUAUUUUGCAAACAAUGUCUAGUAAGAGGGUCGCUUUUGCUGAAAGGAACCCUGGAAGAGGGUGCAGGACCCAGAAUCAAGAAUUAAAGAGAGCUGUGUUACAAACACAAUAAUAACAUUCAAGCAUAACUUAUGCUUUAAAAACUAGGACCUAUCUUUUUUCUGCCCUGUGGUAGGUAUAGACUGGCAGGUGCAGCUACCCUCUGCAUCAGAACGGACCCGGACUCUCCUAGGAUCCAGCUUCAACACCUCUCUAGCUAACUUACUCAUACUGAGAGGGAAAGACGUGUACAGCGCAGAAACAGGUCAGCGUGUUUGCAAUGUUUUGAUUUUUUUGUUAUGAAUUGCAAAACUGUGAAUUGAUGCCUUCAUUACUCAUUGAUUUGACUUUAACAUUUGAUGAAAUUCCCAAAGAUAAUUUUCUUAAAUUAUAGUACAUCAUCGUUAUAUUCCUCAAGGCCAGAGUGAAGGAUGUAGCAUUGCAAAACUUUUUUUUCAGUUAACUUUUUAGGUAGAGAUAUUUGAAUUUGUCAGAUAUUGCAGAAUAUGGCUGAAAAUUUUGACCUGUCCACAGGUAGCUUUGAAGACCCAGCCCUAUACUCCUCCUGGCUCUCACCAGAAGAAGCUUUCAAUGUGUGGAAGUCCCCUGUCAUUUUUAAUAAGUAUGAAAAAUCAGCCACGCUGGUCAGUAACAGUAAGGCUCUGCUCAGACCCUUGGAUAACAUGUUGGGAAAAGCCUGGAAUAUGUUUGCAUCCAGGUAAGUUACUCAUAUAACUCAAAAAAGAUGAGAAAAAAUAAUUGUAAUCCUUAGGAGAUUUAUUGUGCAGCAGGGGCAAUACAAAGCUAAAUGAAAUAUGUUUGGCUUGACAUAUGCCAAUGGCCAAAAGGGGGUGAAAUCAGCAGAAUAACUCUUUAACGGUUCAUCUGAGAAAAAAGUCCAGGUGCACAAAAUCAAAGACCUUGUUAAGAUACACGUGCCUGUAAAGUUUUGGGCAGAUCUGACAAAGUCGACGUUCAUGGCGCUCUGUAGAGGGCGCUAGCAAGCCAUUUUAAUCGCUUUUGUCGGGUCACUUUAAAACAUUGCGAUUUUCGCUGGGCCCGACCUGCCUGCCAAUUUUCGUGAAUUCUCGAGGUCGUUCAGGGGGUCAAAUUUGCGUUAUUGGAGGCAGUAAAAUAAUAAAAUUAAUAAUUGAGAACCCCUUGGAUUACAGUAGGGCUUCGCUGCAGAGCUGCGCUCUCAGCUCGGGCCCUAAUGAAAGCAAAGUGAAAUCAAGAAUGGAGACUACUGAAAAAAUAACAAUGUUUCUGAUGUGUAAAUGAAAUAAUUAGAAGUAAUUAUGUAACCUAUGAAACAAUUAUGUCAAUGACGAUACUCUUGAUGAUAAAAAAAUGAAACAUAAGUGUAUCGACUGUUUGUGUAUGUGCAUAUUUGUUCACGUAAAACUGAUCAGUUAAGUACUUCUUCACUUACUGUUUCCCAUAUUCUCUGUUACAGGGCCUAUAUUCAUCAGUAUGUUAAAUUCGGGAUCUCAGAGGAGGAUUUUCUGGACAGCUUUACAUUUCUUGAGCAGGUCAUCUCAAGCUAUAAUCAGCUGUAAAUCAAUAAAAAAAAAUAAAAAAAACUUUUCUGAUAGCC